AAACAGCAUGUGCAUGUGGUGAGCAGGCUGUAAACCGGAACCAGAUGAACUUAACUGGGAAACACACUCUCUCUGAGAGUCAGGUAAACUUUGAAAGUAACUCCCAGAACCCUCAUGAAGGCCAGAUUGCAUCUGUCACAGGAGAUGAUGAACAGACCUUCAUUGCUUCCCAGACCAUCUCUGAGAAGGAGACGAUGACCCCGAAUGACAGUUUGAAGAAUGCCUUCACGGAGGACCACAACUGCUGUGAAAGCUCUGGGAGACCAUGCCAGUCAUCACAAUCGCCAUCACAGAAUGUUGCCAGUCCCUCUUUGAUGCAAGAAGAAGCUCCAGAAAAGCAGAAACUCGAAGUUAAGAGACAUAAAUCUUUUAAAAGUCAAGACAGGCCAAGGCCUUUCCUCUGCACAUAUGAAAACUGUGGAAAAUCCUACUUCAAAGCAUCCCAACUGAAAGAACAUAUGAACACGCAUACUGGGGAGAAGCCUUUUAUCUGUGAUGUGAAGUGGUGCAAAAAGAAAUACACCUAUUCAAGAGAUCUCUACAGACACAAGAAAUGGCACAGUAAAGAACACCUGUGAGCCAAGUGC